UGUGAUUUCUACUCUCCCAGAUCAAUUGAAGGAAAAGCUUAUCAGCAAUCUAGAAAAUAAAGAUAAGUUUCAGAAACUAUAUGAAUCAACAAAGGCAAUUUCUUCCAGUAACGCAUUCCAGAUUUUUUACCGUUGCAUGCAACAGAACGGAAGUAUAAAUUCUCAUGAAAUUGGGGGAGAAUCUGAAAAUAGUAGCACAAGGAAUCAGCUGGAUGCUCUAUCUGAAGAUCUUACUGUUCUUCUCCGUGAUUCUGCGGAGCUUAAAGUGGAUGUAGGUCAGAUAAAGGCCUCAGCAUUUAACGGUCGAGGUAUUUAAAUUGUUUAUAGUAACGUUAUUACAUGUCCUUUUAAUAUAGCAUAUUAUUUUUAUCAUGUUCCAUUAUAUAUACACAGC